GGACGCUGUUGUAAUUUGUACCUCAAUAGCGGGGUCGAGUCUGUUAUUUCUGCUUAUGUUUUCUUCUAUUAUCGGACACUUGGCGAUGUUGGGAGACGUAUCAGUUGAGUCUUUGAUGCGAGCAUUACAAAUAGAUAUGUUUAUAAUGUUCAAAGAAGUGCCCGAAACUCUCUCAGCAAUGCCGUUAUCAACGAUGUGGAGUAUCUUCUAUUUCUUAAUGCUGGCCUUGAUGUCGUUUGAUAUAGUGUUACUUUUACUGGAAAGUAUUGUUACUGCAAUUAUUGAUGAAUGGCCAUCUGUCAGGAAAAGGAAGCGUGUAGACCUUGCGACAACAACAUGCGGUGGUGUGUACUUGAUAUGGUUUUUAGAUGCAUAUUGCAGUCAACUUUCGAUUUUUCUCCUAGCUGUCCUGCAGGUGAUUGCUGUCGGAGUAUACCGUAAAUAUAUAUGUGGUUUUUUUGUUUGUUUGUUUUUUUAAAUAUAAUCUCAAAUCUUUUAAAUACAAUUUUAAAUGUCGGUUUUCAUUACGGAAAUGCUAUACACAUGUGCUAACAUAGACUUACAAAGUCUGUUGAGAUAAAAUAAUCUGUAAUAAUAUUAAUUUCUUCAUACUGACACUGAUAUUUUCUCAGAAAAACAUUUUCUCUCUAGGCUCAUCUCAACACAGAGACAAGAGAUAUUGUAAAUUUUUUUCAGAAAGUGGUAUCAGAGAGGGUUGAUUUUAUGGCCAGGUGCUUUACAUUUAAUGACUAUAACGACUGAUGCCAGUCUAGUGCUAAGACAGUUCCGGCGCUCCAUUUGUCCUACGUCUUGUUCAUCAUUUCCGUAACAACAUGUUUCUUUUUUUUAUUUAGACAGUAAUUUUGCUAACACUGAACAGUGCGAUUUAUAACGUAUAUCACGUGACUCAGAGACGAGACCAGCUUUAGAAGGAAAGAAGAUAACUAACAUAGAAAUAAGACCAAGUCUUAAUUAUUGAUUGUACUUUAAUCAACACGAAAAACUCGCAUUGAAUAAGAAUAGGCGCACCGAUGGUUCACGUGAUAUUCCAUAUCACAUGGGUGUUUCACGACAUUUCUGGACAGUAAGAUUAUUGACAUUCGACGUGUUAGAGAAGUUGUUUUCUGUUACGCAACAUCUCGGAUUAUUCUUCGGCGAUUAUUGAUAUACACCGAAAUCAGUCGAAACCGAAUUUCAUCAGGAAAAAUAUGAAUUUACAUCCAAGAUUUAUCUUCUAUUUUCUAUCCUGUGCAUUUCUUUUAGCUGGUUUGCCAAAGAUAUAUUGUUACACAGCUAACGAUACAAUGACACUUCUGAAAGUGUUAUUUUCUGAUUAUGACAGGAACAUAAGAUAGUUAAAAAUCAGUCAAUGCACGUGGGUGUGAAAUUUGGACUUGGGCUGAUGUCAAUUAAGGAAUUUGAUGAAGUGAAAGAGUCGAUUUCGGUCAAUUCAUUCUUGUAUCUAGAAUGGGUUGAUGAAUUCAUGACGUGGAACCCAGAACAGUAUGGCGGCAUUUCCAAUAUUGUGCGCGAAAGCAGCUGGUUUUGGACACCAAAUUUGGUACUUGUUAACACUUUGAACAAAAUUGAAAAAAUUGGCGACUCCUGGCAACUAAUUCGGUUCAAACAUGACGGCACUGCGAGCUAUUAUCCAGGAGAAGUUCUCGAAGCUUCUUGUACAGUCGAUAUAACAUAUUACCCAUUCGACAGACACUCAUUAAACUUUACGGUAUGGGCGUCUUUGAGGUCAGAAGUGCUCUUAACGAAGAUGAAUGAGAAAGUUUAUCUAAUGCAGUUUUCAGAAAAUGGAGCUUGGAAUUUGGUAUAUUCAGACUUUCAUAUAUCAUAUACCAUUCAUGGUGCCGUGAACUUGGAUGUUUUACUUCUGUUGGAACGGAAGCCCCAGUUUGUUAUCGUAAACGUGUUAAUACCGAUGAUAUGCUUAGUGCUUUUAAAUGCCUUAACAUUUCUCAUGCCAACGGAAUGUGGGGAAAGAAUUUCUUUCAGCAUUUCGGUGUUGUUGUCUAUUGCAGUUUUUCUAACUGUAACAGGAGAUACACUUCCUAAAACCUCAAACCCGAUGCCCAUUUUAAGUUUUUACUUGUUAACUGUAUUGACUAUCAGCGCCUUGACCACCGUAGCCGCCGUGUUUAGCAUGUGGCUCUUCCACCGUGGCGUGUCAUUGCCUGUGACCACUAGGUGGAAAAUGCUUACAAAACGUUUUAGACAUGACCGCAAUAAAACAUAUUUAGGGGAGCGAAUGAUGGACUGCUGCGACAGUCAAGAAAAACAACGGCAAUGCAUGAAAAGGGUGCCGCUAGAAGUCAGUGCUCCAAAACAAAUAUGAUGAAAUCCGAUGUCAGCUGGAAAGAAGUUAGUGCAAUGUUUGACCACCUGUUUUUUAAACUUUGCCUAAGUGUACUUUGCGUUGCUACCGCUGUGUAUUUAAUACUUGUUUUAACCGCAGAUCGUAGAAUAUUGCCUACAUAAAUAGGAGCAGAGGAGAGUAGUUGAAUAACCGAAUAUAUGCAUUAAAAUCUGCCUUUUAAAAUUACGUCAUCAGUGACAUCAGGUAAAUUGGGGGGGGGGGGGGUUAUCAAUGGCAACUGGAAAAAUAAUACAAAAACUGGAUUUCACAAUAACGAUGCGAAAGUUUGAAAAAUCAGAGUGAAACAAGACUAUUAUUACCCUUUGGCAGAAAAUGAAGAGCAAACGUUUGCUAAUACCUGGAAAUGUUUACAUAUUGGCUAUUUUUUUUAUUCAAAUUAGCAAGACAUAUCUAACAACGGUGGAGCAAAUUAUAAACCUUCUGAGUAACAAAAUGCCAUUUUAGAAAAUACUGAUAGACUGAGAUAAUUAAACGAAUUAUUGAUAUCCAAAAGUCAUGAGGUAGAAUUGACCUCAUGACCGAUAUGACAAAAUUCUAUAUUUCUAAAUGUUACGUAAUGAUAAUAAGUUUGUCAAUUUUAUAUCCAUCAACUUCAAGUUGGCAUAAUUUUAUUAUAUUUCUUAUAUCUACCAUACAUUGUAGUUCAUUCUUUUGACAGCUUUUUAUAAAUUCCAUGAGUUUAAAUCUAAAAAUCUUACUUAAAAUGGCUGUAUAUUUCCAUUCAGUUGUUUUUUGUUUAGU